AUGUGUGUGUGUGUGUUUUUUUUUGUUGGGGGGGGGGGGGGGGGGGGGGGGGGGGGGGGGGGGGGGGGGGGGGGGGGGGGGGGGGGGGGGGGGGGGGGGGGGGGGGGGGGGGGGGGGGGGGGGGGGGGGGGGGGGGGGGGGGGGUGGGGGGGGGGGGGGGGGGGGGGGGGGGGGGGGGGGGGGGGGGGGGGGGGGGGGGGGGGGGGGGGGGGGGGGGGGGGGGGGGGGGGGGGGGGGGGGGGGGGGGGGGGGGGGGGGGGGGGGGGGGGGGGGGGGGGGGGGGGGGGGGGGGGGGGGGGGGGGGGGGGGGGGGGGGGUGGUUGGGGGGGGGGGGGGGGGGGGGGGGGGUGGGGGGGGGGGUGGGGGGGGGUUGAUUGUGGGGGGGGUUGGGUGGUUGGUGGGUGA